GGCGGAAACGACGCCGGCGACGCUGUUGGUUGUCUCUGCGCAAGCGAGGAGGGCAACGGAGAUUGAAUUGCGGCUGCUAUCUUCGUCUUGUUUUUUUUCCUUUUUUCCUUCAUCAAGUCGGUUCUGACGGACCAGAUCUGACUUAAACGAUCCGAGGCGCCUGUGACAUGGGCGAGGACACAGGAGCACUGGCUGCUGAGGCAGUCGCGACAUAUCUGCAGCAGGGCGCUACGGCAUGGGAUUCCGUGGUUGACGAACAGCUGGACGCCGAUGCAGCUCUGCUGUUGCGCAGCAGUCUGGCACCCAUUACCGAGGCACUUCUAGGAGAGCCCCGUGCCAUCGAGGCCGCCGGUCGUCUUUGUGCGCGAAUCUUUGCGGAUGAGGCGGCCCGCGAUGUCGUGACCACGGCCACCAGCCUGUUGGAGGCCAUGCUGCGCGCUCUCAACUACAGCGUGACACAGGAGGACACGGCGGCCCGCGUGCAAGUCCUGCGUGCGGUGGGGAACAUGUGCUUUGACCAUAGUGCGAAUCGGGAGGCUCUGCGCCAGGCACAUGGCGUGGAUGCGCUGGCCUCGGCCAUGGCUGCAUUGACUGCGAGCAACCCCGAUGAGCCUGAUUCCAACAAUAGCCGUGCCAUCAGCGCCGGCGUUCUCCUCAACACAGUAGCGGAUGAAACAGACUUGCGCAAGGACAUGGUGGCCCAUGGGGUGAUGGACUCGCUUGCCUGGCUGCUUACUGCCGCCCGCACCGAACAGGAGCAGCAGCUGGCUGUCCGAGCCCUGGCUCAGUUCACGGAUCUGGAAGAGGCCAUGGAAAAGGCACUGCGACCCGCUGUGGCCCUGCGCCUGGUGGAACAGUUGCUCGCCUUGCCGGAGCUACCGCCCUUGGACCCUGCAGCCGUCAACCAAGGAGAGGAGGCAGAGACUGACCCCGAUGAGGAGUAUUUUCAGUGCUUGGGUCAAAUCUUUCGCACCACCUGCAAAUCAGACCGUGCUGUCAAGGCUUUUGCUGAUGCUACCGUGCUAAACCAGCUCUUGGUGGCCGCUAGCCGAACUGACCGAGCUGGGGAGGUGGCUGCCCUCUGCCUCUCUGUCGUCCUGGGCGAUGAUGACUGCCUGGCUCUCUUGUGGACGGAAGACUCACGAGAUGCUCUUCUCACGCAGUUUGUGCGCUGGAUGCGUCAUGACAACGAUGAGCUCAAGGUCGCCGGUGCCAUUGCCGUCGGCAAUGUAUGCCGCAGCGAUGUCAACGCCGCCCUCUUGGGCGCUCAGCCCGGGCUGAUAACCCAGCUGGCCCAACUGGCCACCUCGCACCUCAGCUUUGUGCAACACGCUGGCCUGAGCUCGCUGAAGAACCUGCUCAAGCUUCCUGCCAACCGCGCACAGCUGCAGGAUGCGACGGGCUAUGCUGCCGUGUACAAGUGUAUCGAUGACCCGCAGGCCCCGCUUCAAUACCUCGGAUGCAGCGUGCUGCGCUUCCUCGUUCAAAGCGCUGAUGGUAACCGCCUCGAACACCUGGUCCACUCGGAGAUCCCAGCUCUACCGAGUCGCUUGGUUCACCUCUCCAAGAGCGAAACGCUGGCCGUACGUGCCGAGGCCACGCGCCUCUUGGCCGCCCUCAUCAAGGCAGCCGGCUCGUCACAGGUGACCGAGCCUCUCGGAGCUGCCGGUGCUUUCGAUGCACUGCUGCGUAUGCUCGAAGAGGAACACCCCUUGCUGCAACAAGAAUCGGUAGUGGGCCUGGCACUGGCCACGGCCGGUAGCGCGGCCUGUCUGCAACAGCUCAUGGAAGAUAACGUCGUGCCUCGCAUAGCAGCCUUCCUCAAGCGCGCCACUAUGCCCAACCUGCUCUGCAAUGGCUUGGCUGUAAUUAGUCAACUAGCCUCCCAUGCCGACUCGGCCCUGACAGCAGAUGCCGUAGCCACGCUGCGGGCCGCAGUUACUUCCCACCAGGACCAUGAGCACGAGGUGGUACGCCAACAGACGCAAGUUGCCUUGGCUGCCCUCGAGGCGGCCAGUCCCGCCCUGGUUGGCAAGUGAAUAAAACCGCCCUCGCCUGAUUGUAAUCGAAUUUAAAUCUCG